AGCUGUCUGGAAUUCCUAAUUUGACUUGGAGUACUAUAGUCCGAAUUUAAUGCGAUGAAGAAAUAUGUAUUUUUAGGGUCUGGGGGAUCCUCUGAAUUUGAUCAUAAUCCUCGGUGUCUUCAGGAGACAUUGAACAGCGUAACUGGGUAUUAGCUAGAAAUCUCCGCCGCCUGGUAUGGAAGGCGAGCUUCAGGUCGGGUGGCGCUUCUUUAAAGUCAUGGCUAUUGGGUGCCACACUAAACUGACUUUGCCGCCAUUGGUCUGUCAAAAGCUUGAAGGGGAUGAUAAGUUAUUAGAAACAGCAACAUUAGUCACUGAAAAGGGGAGAUGGGAGGUGGGGAUUGGACAUGGCAGCAAAGGGAAUUUUUACUUUGAGAAGGGUUGGGAUGUUUUUGUGCAGAAUCAUGGCUUAAGAGUUGGAGAAUUUGCAGUAUUUGAAUACAUAGGUGGUGGCAUUUGCUUCAAUGUUUCUUUGCUGGAUAAAAAUGGCUCUGAGAAAGUGUUUUCCCACUCUGAACAAGGACAGAACAUGGCUUCUAAGCUCAAUCCAUUAACUCAUCAGAUAAGCCAAGAUGAAGUUCUCCUUGAGGAAACAGUGCCCCCUUGCCCAAUUGAAGAAGGUGAAGAUGUUAAUCUUGUUGCUGUCAAGUUGGAAGAGGAUGAAGACAUGAUAACUUCUCACCUCAACGCUCGUCUUGCUCCGUUAUAUGCCAUAUUAGCUGAGAUUGACAAUGAGGAUCUCCCUUCCUGUACAAAUAUUCAUGAAGAAGAUAGCAAUAGAGGGCAUUCCCAAUCAAAUAUACCGAAACAUGACAACAAUAAACGUAUUGCAGAUCAGGAAAGGUAUAAAGAGAAUUCAAGCUUUGACUCACCAGCUGAGAUAGACCGCGAAGAGGCUUGCCCUUCCGAGGUGAAAAUUCAGGAACAACAUGCCAUCAAGGUACCCACGAAAUUUGAAGUGGACGAGGUUGAAGAUGAAGUGCCUUCCCAAAUAGAACUUCGGAAUCCUGGAAAGGGCAGAUGUUCUGUGAAACGGAAGAGGGAUGAUAAAACAGUACCUUCUCAAGCAAAAUCUCAGAAACAUGAUAUGAAUAGAUGUUCUGCGAAGAAGAAUAGGGACGAUGAUAAAACACCUUCUCAAGCAAAACCUCAGAAACAUGAUAUGAACAAAUGUUCUACGAAGCAGGCAAGAGAUGAUGAUGAUAGAGCACCUUCCCCAGCCAUAACUCAAAAACAUGAAAAGAACAAAUCGCCAGUGAAAAAUGACAAGAACAAAAGUACUCUGAAACAGAAAAAUCACAAAGAUCAAGUGCCUUCCAAACCGAAAGGAUGUGCACAGGACAAGAAGGGGGACACUGAAAGAAAAACAGAACUUAAGGUGAAUACAUCUUCCCGGGAACAAAGUCUGCAAUUUUCAACAUUAAUGAAGCCAUAUCAUGUCCGUAGCAGAUCUCCUUACAUGCAUAUACCUGCGGAAUUCUGUGUAGCAAAUGAACUGUAUCAAAACGCAAGAAUAACUCUGAAAGGUCCAAGCGAUGAGAGGCAAGUUAGCCUUAAGGUUUGCAAAGGCGGGAAGACGAAAUACGCCAUCAUCACCAGGGGUUGGCCCGAGUUCAUUGCAGGCAACAAUCUCGAAGAAGGAGAUACUUGCAUCUUCAAACUCCCCAGCAAAAGAAGUAGUUCUGAUGCAGCUGUUGUUUUAGAUGUUGAGGUUCUCCGAGCAUCAACCUAGGUUACAUUCACAUUAAUUUGUGCUUUGCUGAAUUAAGAUUCGAUGUUUCUUUCAAAGAAUUUGUAUUUUCUACCAUUCGCUAGAUCAUACGUGUUAACUUGUGAAGGAUGAGAAAAUACAUAUAUUGCCUUCAACUUGUAUAUAAUGGGAUCGGACUUCAAAAAGAUAACAACUAUUUUUAUGUCUUUAAUGGUUUAA